ACUGCCACGGCUCUCCCAUUUCAUUGUUCACGUUGUUAAAGUAUAAACGGAUUCUUUUAAUGCUUCUGCUAUCUUCACUACAAUUAAAAUCUGAUCCACGGACACAUUUCAAUGCAGAGUACAUUUUGUAGAGUUUAUUCCGACUGUUUUACAUUUAUAAUCAAACCAAUGCUUAUGCCAGCAAAAUGAUGUGCGAAACUCCCAACUUGAUUAGGAAAUGGUUAUUUUUAUUUCACAGUGUAACAUUUUUCACGAGCUAAUUGUAUCAUCUGUCAAAUGACAUGGUGCUCAAGGAACGUCUGUGCCACUGUGCCUAAACGCAUUGAUUGUGGCGGCUUUAGAACUGCAACCUUGCAAUUCCGGUAAUUGAAACAAAAAAAAACCAUCGCUCCUGUAGUUCCAUAAUUGACGUUGCGAAUACCGUUGUUUAGCUACGGAGAGUUUUGGCGAAGUAAUAUACUGGUAGAAAAAGAAAGAAAAAAUACGUCGAAAUAAAAAUAAUGUGGGACGACGACGAGUGUUGGGAUGACGAUUCUUCCAAGGCGAAGCCUGUAUCUGAUAAUAGGUCUUCCGAAGUUUCACAGCCGUACCCGGAUCCACCUUCUCAUAAGCCACACAGAACGGCAAAAGAUUCACAUCAUCGCGAAAAACGUUCGCGGGAUUCAGUGUCAUCUGGUGGUGAUAGUGUUCGUAUUGAGGUACACAGCCAUGUUAUACCGAGAAUUAUUGGAAAACGAGGUGCAACCGUUCAGGAGUUACGAACGCGAACCCAAGCACGCAUCGCAAUUGAUAAUAAUCGGGAUGAUGAUAGCAUGGGAACUAUUACCAUUUCUGGAGAACCAGAACACGUAAAAGCGGCUCAAAAAGCUGUGCAGGAUAUCAUAAAUGGUACCAGCACGGACAAACCGCGCAGUUCCGACUCUGGUCGGCCUCCUAGAUCUGGCUUCAGCAGUGGUUCGACAAAUGAUCGACAUUACAGCCGUGACGAUCGUAGCAACCGUUACGAAAAUGCUAGUGGAGGAAGCCGGUACAAAAAUAGCGACAGUUCCUAUGGUGGUGGUGGUGGUGGCCGUGCUCGUAGCGGCGGACACAACGAUUUUUAUGACUCGGGUCGCCGGUCGAACAAUGAUUAUAGUAAUAGCUAUCAUUCAUCUCAUGCUGACAAGAAUGCUACAAGCGAUGAAAUUAUCGACUGGGCUUCGCUGAACAAAGCGGCCGACGAGGCUGCCAAGGAACGAUGGGCCAAAUGUCCUCCGCUCGUGAAGACAUUCUACACUGAGCGAGAUGAAGUGGCCCAAAUGAGCCAGGCAGAAGUUGCCGCAUUCCGAGAGGCUAACAACAAUAUCGUUGUAGAACGCACCUUUAAGCAAGAGAGUGGAGAACAGAAACCAAUCCCAAAUCCGGUGACAGAUUUUCAUCAGGCGUUUGGAGAUUUUCCGGACCUGAUGGAAGAAUUGCGUAAACAGAACUUUACCAAACCUUCGCCGAUACAAGCACAAGCUUGGCCCGUACUGCUGCAGGGUGACGAUCUAAUCGGUAUCGCACAGACAGGUACAGGUAAAACGUUGGCCUUCUUGUUGCCGGCGUUUAUUCACAUCGAGGGACAACCCGUUCCGCGGGGCAGUCGGGGAGGACCCAAUGUGUUGGUGUUGGCACCGACACGCGAGCUAGCGCUACAGAUCGAGAAAGAGGUGGCGAAGUAUCAGUUCCGCGACAUAAAGGCCGUCUGUCUGUAUGGAGGUGGUGAUCGACGGGCACAAAUUAACGUUGUACGGGGUGGCGUUGAGAUACUGAUAGCCACACCGGGUCGUUUGAAUGAUCUCGUGCAGGAAGGUGUGGUGGAUGUAACGAGCAUCACGUAUCUCGUGUUGGACGAAGCAGACCGUAUGCUCGAUAUGGGCUUUGAGCCACAGAUUCGCAAAGUAUUGCUGGACAUACGACCAGACCGGCAGACCAUCAUGACCAGCGCAACCUGGCCCGAUGGUGUGCGUCGGCUUGCGCAAAGCUACAUGCAUGAUCCGAUACAGGUGUACAUUGGUACGCUUGAUCUGGCUGCUACGCAUACGGUCACGCAGCAGGUUGAGGUGAUAGAUGAAGAUGACAAGUGGCAUCGUAUUAACGAGUUUGUCCGCGACAUGCUGCCAACCGAUAAAGUGAUCAUAUUCUGUGGCAAAAAAACGCGUGCCGACGAUCUGUCGUCCGAGUUCAUUUUAAACAACAUCCCAUGCCAAUCGAUUCACGGCAAUCGGGAGCAGUCUGAUCGAGAGCAAGCACUGGAGGAUAUUAAAUCGGGCGCGGUAAACAUACUGAUUGCCACGGACGUUGCGUCACGGGGACUCGACAUAGAGGAUAUAACGCACGUGGUGAAUUAUGAUUUUCCGCGUAACAUCGAAGAGUACGUGCAUCGUGUAGGACGUACGGGUCGUGCAGGGCGUAGUGGUAUUUCGCUAAGCUUUAUGACACGCUCUGAUUGGGCAGUGGCGGCCGAACUGAUCAAGAUCAUGGAGGAAGCCGAUCAGGAGGUACCGAGCGAGGUGCGCGACAUGGCAACACGGUUCGAGGCUCGGCGCGAUCGUGGUGGUGGCGGGGGUCGCGGGGGUGGUGGGGGUCGCGGUGGAAGGGAAAGAUUCGGAGGCAGACGACAAUGGUUAUAAAAUAUUCCCACCGGUAAGCUUAAUACAGUUAAUUUUUGCAGCUCAUGGAGCAUUAAUUGGUAUGAAAUUCGUUCCUAAAUUCUAUCGAAUUUAACUGUCAUAUCGUUUCCAUUAAAUUGAUUCUUAAAGCAGCACGCAGCAGGCACCAAGUGCGGCGCUUACAAAGACUGGUACACUGGUAUAUUGGCCAAAGUAAUUUUACGUUACCAUCAUCAGUUUCCUUCAAACGAAUGAAAGUAAUUUCUUAGCAAGGUAUGUUGGAAAGCUGAUGUUAUCCUAGAUAAAUCACCUAGGGUGUGAGAGAUAGCAGGGCACUCGUAACAGGUUGUGUUUCUAGUAAAGGAAUUCGAAUAAUACAUUUAAGUGCCUUCAAUGUGAAGGUUUGUUCGGCGCGAAGGAAAUAGGAAGAAUUUUUAGCAAAUAAUGCAAAGAACGCACUGCGUCAAUCCAUCCAUUAUGGAGGCGCCCUCCAUUAUGAACAUUAUACUUUAUCAUUUGUUAUCGUUUUAUUGAACUCCAGCAGAAUGUGAAAUAAAAUAGCUGCACGCA